UUGCACCAUUCUGGACAGAGGUACCUGUGAACCUAACAUAACCUCAGACAUUUCUCAGAAGCAGCCACAGAGCAAGCAGCAGACACCAUGGGAUCUCUGUCAGUCUCUACCCACAGAGGACUUGUCCACUGGCAAGGGCUCCUGCUGGUUGUCUCACUUUUAAACUUCUGGAGCCAGCCCACCACAACUCAAGUGACAGUUGAGUCCAUCAAUGCUCUCGAAGGGACGGAUGUGCUUCUACGUAUUCUGUAUAAGCCUCCCAAUGUUGCAGGCCUCAUAUGGUACAGGGGAUAUAGCACUGAAAACAAUCGAAUAAUUGCAUCUCUUACAGUAAAAUCAAGAAUCCAUAAAAGAGGUCUUCAGGUUGGACGAGUGAAACUAAACUAUGAUGGGUCAUUGAUGUUAAAGAAUGUCACCAUGAAAGACUCAGGAAUCUACACCUUAGUGAUCCGACUACAAGACUGCACAUCAACCACAGAAAGUACACGGCUUACUGUAUACCCACUUCUGAGAGCUCCCACCCUCCUAGCCAGCAACACAACAGUCACAGCGAAUAAGGAUGCUGUGGUCAUGACUUGCCAAACAAACGCUCAUGCCAUCCACUGGUUGUUCAAUGGCACAAAUUUGCAGCUCACAGAGAGAAUGAAGCUGUCACUUGACCUCAGAAACCUCACAAUAGACCCUGUCCUGAGAGAGGAUGCUGGUGAUUAUCAGUGUAACACCUUCAACCCCAUGAAUUCUGCUAAAAGUGCAUCCCUUGCUCUGGAUGUGAAAUUCGAGUGAUUCUCCUUUCCCCGCUAAAUGUUGUUUAACUCUAAAUAAAGUAAUUUUUUGCAAUAUCAUAAUUGACUUAUUCUGAGGGUGAAUAGUUCUUAAACAUUUUCAUUGAGUCAAUAAACAGUAGAAAAAUGUGAGUCAACAUUGUCAUUAUU